AUGACGAGUCUUCUCAUGUCUACUUUCAUAAGCGAUAGAGGAACAUAUUUUGGAGUUGGAAGCCUAGGGAGUUACAUCAAUGGGAAGCGGAAGUUCCCUGGAAGCUCUUCUUCUUUCACAAGCCUGCAACAACAGCUUAAAGAAGCUAACCGCAAAAUAGAGCAACAAGCAGCUCUACAAGCAGAGCGUGACGCAGAGGCUUCACGGGUUGUAGCUGAAGCUUUACGGGUUGCUUCUGAGCAACAAGCAGAGAUCACACGCUUGAGUUUUGAAAGCAUAACUGCUGAAGAUGGUCUCAAUGAACACAUAUUAAUCGAUGUGGUUGGCCAAGUCGUUAACAUUGGUACAAUGAAAACAAGUGAUAAUAAUGGGAAGGUUUCUAAGAGAUUGGAGGAGGAGCUACGGGACAUAAGUGAUAAUCGUGUGACCUGUACAUUAUGGGAUAGCUUUGCUGAUAAAAUGUGGGCUGCUGGUGAGAACGCAGGUGAAAGAUCCAUAUCAAAUGUGUAUGAUAUGUCUUUUUUGCUGAUCAACUCCGACUAUCCGAGUGUCCUUGAUUUUGUGGGAAAUUUGCCAAAGGAUGGAAUAUCUAUUUCCUUUAUACAACCGAAGGCUGCUGAACCAAAAGCGGAUAAGAAGAUUGAUUAUUUCAAUCGGUUUGAGAGGAGAACCAUUUCCGAGCUGCUGGAAUCUACUAUGGAGGGUAAGUUUAAGAUCAUGGGAAGUAUUUUCAACAUAGACAUGGAUUUCGGUUGGUAUUACUUCACCUGUAUCAAGUGUGACAAACCUGUAUACUUGGUUCCCAAGAAAGAAAAUGAUCCUCCAAGCAAGGUGAAGAAGCGUUUGUUCCAUUGUAAUCAAUGUUAUGACAACACAACGAAAGUUCAACCAAGGUACAAGUUGAUUCUUGAUGUUAUGGAUAGCACUGCUAAGACUAAGGUUAUGUUGUGGGAUAAUAAUGCUCAAAAACUUGUGAAUAAAACUGCCUCCGAGAUAUUGGAUGGCAAUUUUGAUGAGAUUGAAGACCCAACCAAUAUUCCUGAAGCUUUGAAGUCCUUGGUUGGUAAAACCUACCAGUUUCUUGCCACCAUUGACAAGGGUAACAUUAAUGAUGGGAAAGAUACUUACAAAGUGUCCUUGGUUGAAGUUGGUAGCAAUUCAGACCAUGUGGACAACAUAGAGGAUUCUGAGCAGAUGAUUGAUCCCUCUACAAUUGUGUCUACUGAUCAGGGUCAUACUGUUGGAACAUACAGCACUGAAAUUGAAGAUGGUUUAGAGACAUCUCCCACUACUCCUUCUUCGAAGAGAAAGGAAGAUGCAAUUGUUGAUUUGCUGAUCAAUCUUCCUCCUCCAAGAAAAAAUGUGUUUCUCUUAACAUGUCGGACAUUGAGACUGAAGGAGUCAAACAUCCAGAAUAGUGUCUACCGACUCGAGAAGUUCUCUCUUGAUGCGUGUGUUGGAGUCUAUUGA